UGCAGACAGAGAUAGGUCGUUUCAGACCAAAUCAAUUUUUGCCCGGACGAGUAUAUGCUGUUUGGUCUCAAUCGCACAAAUUUUUUGGGUAAUCCGCCAGAUCAGUAAAACUAGGAUCAAGACAGUGCCUCGGAUUUGGUUUCGUGUUGGGUCCACUAACUGUGACAUAAAGCGUUCGUGUUCUUUAUAUUGCCAGAUAUUUUAAGGAGGGAAGGGAAGAGAGAGGGAAAGAGAGGGAGCUCAAAAGACAGAGCAGGCGCAGAGACACUCCCAGUCGCUGAAGUCCUCGAAUUUCUGAGGAAUUCAAAGAAACUGGAGCGAAUAAAUCAUGGGUUCUCUGGCAAAGAAGGGGUUGCAGCAGUACCUGUUGCAGCUUCAACAACACCCUUUGAGAACUAAGGCAAUAACUGCUGGAGUGCUGUCAGCAAUAAGCGACAUAACAGCCCAGAAGCUUACUGGCAUACAGAAGCUUCAGCUUAAAAGGCUUCUUCUCAAAGUGCUUUUUGGAUUUGCUUAUCUUGGUCCCUUUGGGCAUUUCCUGCAUAUAGCACUUGAUAAGAUUUUCAAGGGAAGGAAGGAUACAAAAACAGUGGCCAAGAAGGUGGUGUUGGAACAGUUGACAUCUUCUCCUUGGAACAAUUUGAUGUUCAUGAUUUACUAUGGAUUAGUAAUUGAAGGAAGACCGUGGAUGCACGUGAAAAGUAAGAUUAAGAAGGAUUAUCCCUCUGUGCAGUAUGCAGCUUGGACGUUUUGGCCGGUUGUGGGGUGGGUGAACCAUCAGUAUGUUCCUCUGCAGUUCCGCGUCAUCUUUGCCAGUGUUAUUGCUUGUGGCUGGGGUAUAUUCUUGAAUCUACGGGCAAGGUCUAUGGCACUGACCAAAGGCUCAUAAAUGGAGAGGACCACCAAUGUUUGAUAGUGAAGACUCGCGUCGGAAAUUGGUUAGAUGUACCAUGAUCAGCACUCCUUCAAACCAUUACAAACCGAUGGCGUCUAUUUCUCCUAUUUUUACGUGGGAUCUAUGUUUCGUGAACAAAAAAUGAAAUAAUUCUUGAAUGGUAUCCAUAAUUUAGUUAGGGAUAACUGGUUUGACCAUGUGUUUUGAGUCAUGUAAUGUUAGUAAUAAAUCUUUUAAAUCUGCACCCAUGUGAAGUGGGCAGUGACAUUUCAUAAAUCUAUAGAUCUUUUGUUUGUCCAGCUAGUGUAUCUCCAUACCCUGCUACUGGUCGUUAUGUUUGUCAUGCAUGUGAUAGUGGCAGGCAGACAGCUAAUAAGUGAAACAUGUAAAUCAAGGAACGUGUUCUUGU